AGACCGUUUCCGGGGUCCGGGUCACUUCCCGGUGGCUUUUACAGGUCCGCUCAGUCUAACAACGGGGUGGCGAGUCAUUCGAUACACGUGUACGUGUAUCGGAGAAACGUGUGCUUCAAAACAAUACACUGCAAAAACGCCGUAAAUUUAAAAAGAAAUACGUUUCGUGGUCACUUUUAUCGCAAACGAUUGAUUGCCACGUGCACCUUAAUUGCGGAACGCGUUCGUGCUCCCUGCGCUGGUAUGAAAGGUGGAGCGUCCACAGCUGGGACACCCCGAGCUGGGACAGCCUGAGCUGGGACACCCCGAGCUGGGACACCCCGAGCUGGGACAGCCUGAGCUGGGACACCCCGAGCUGGGACAGCCCGAGCUGGGACACCCCGAGGUGGGACAGCCCGAGCUGGGACAGCCUGAGCUGGGACACCCCGAGGUGGGACACCCCGAGCUGGGACACCCGCACCUCCGCUAGACGUCUGUUCACCGCCGUCAGCACGAUGAACUUUGCAGACGCCAAGGCUCAGGUCCAGCGGCUGCUCUCCACCGUGAGCCCAGAAGACCUCCCCAAGCUCAUCGACUGGAUGAAAAACACAGAUGAGUUGGAGGAUUAUUUGGUGGACAACCAGAGAGUGAUUCUACAGAGCAUCUCAGAAGACCUGCGGACACGCCUCCCUGUGGAUGCCAUGUUCUCCUCUGAGACCGCAGCCAUCCACAACACCCAGCAGCAGCAGCAGCAGCAGCAGCGUCCUACGGUCCAUGUGGACAGUUUCCUGUAUGACGAGGAGCAGGUGGAUGUGCUGUGUGAGGAGGGGAAGCUGAGUCGCUGUUUCUGUCUGAGCUGUGGCUCCCGUAGCACCGCUGCUCUGGACUUUAUAUCCCACUCCUUCUCCAUCCCUGAGCUCCAGUUCCUCUUCCAAAGGGUUCUCCCAGACCUGACAGGACGGCUGCUGCUGGAUGUGGGAUCCAGGCUGGGAGCUGUGCUUUACGCGGGUUACCUGUACAGUUCAGCAGCCCAGCUGGUGGGGGUGGAGAUCACAGAGGACUUUGUCAGACUACAGAAGAUGGCUGUAGAGAAGUACGGCUUCUCAGACCGGAUCCAGGUACUUCAUGCUGAUGUGUGUAGUCAGGGCGCCUUGGUCCAGACUGCUGACGUUCUAGUUAUGAACAACGUCUUCCAGUUCUUCAUGGAACCCAGUGACCAAAUAAAAGCAUGGCAGUUUAUUGUCCAUCAUUUUCGGAAGCGAGGCUCUCUGUUGGUGACUGUGCCCAGCCUGCAGGAAUCUCUCUCUGCUCUGCAGGGGAAGGUUGUAGAUACUGGCCAGUGGGUGGAGGAGGUUCCCCUGGAUUAUGACAUCUACCUGGGGAAGAACUGCGACUCAGGCUCCCUGAGAGAGAUUCACCUGUACAGGGUGCUCUGACCAUCAACUCUUCGGUGUUGGAGAUGAAAAGCCAGGAAAAUAAUUUGAAAUGGAAAAUGAACAUCAGGUCCCUGCAGCCCUCAACAUUGUGUCUGCUCCUGGUGAAAAACUGAGGAGGAAGAUGGUUUGAUUACUACUUCCAGUCAACAAGUUAUGCCUGACCUGAGGACUUUACCUCUUAAAUGGUAAAUGGACUGCAUUUAUAUAGUGCUUUUCUAGUCUAUAGACCACUCAAAGCACUUCACAAUGUACGCCUCACAUUCACCCAUUCACACACACGUUCAUACACUGAUGGUGGACGUCUUCGCCAAGUUAACCCGUCUAGCUAGGUUAGCGAGAUUAAAGACAUGGAAAUUUUACAGUAACAUUUUUACCUUUAAUUAUCCCUGAACUGGAUCUGUUUUUGUUUUUGUUUUUUGAUAUCCUAAUAAAUUGUUUUCCC